AUGGGCAAGGCACUAAUCUCCUCAAUCUGUGGCAUCUCGGUGGUCAUGGUGGCCGUCACCUUGAUCUCCUCCGUCUACAUCUUCAACGACAUCAACGACCUCUAUGAAGAGAUCAUGGAUGACAUGCACGAGUUCAAGAUGCACUCCAACGACGCCUGGGGCGUCAUGAUCCACGAAACCCGCGAACGUGCCAAGCGUGCCACCCCAACCUUUGGCGCUCUCAUCGGCCGCAACAAGAGACAGGCCGCUUGUGCCUGUGGCCGUCAACCACAAAACUGUCCCCCAGGCCCACCUGGACCACCCGGAGAGCCAGGUCUUCCAGGAGACAACGGAAACGAUGGGCAGCCAGGCAACAACGGUCCACCCGGAGACGUCCCAGUCGACGAUGCUUAUGGAGCUGGCAAAGAGUGCGUCAAGUGCCCAGCCGGACCACCUGGCCCACCAGGACCAGACGGACCAGCCGGUCAACCAGGAGCUCCAGGAGACUUGGGACCAGCCGGUACUCCAGGUCUCCCCAGCCCAAGCUGGACCACAAGGACCACCAGGAGACGCUGGAUCUGACGGACAACCAGGCACAGCUGGACCACCAGGAAACCCAGGACAAGACGGUCAACGCUCUACCCCUGUGCCAGGCCCACCAGGACCAGCUGGUCCAGCCGGUGCUCCAGGACAGCCAGGAAACGACGGACAAGCCCCACCACCAGGCCCAGCCGGUCCACCAGGUCCAGCCGGCCCACCAGGUCGACCAGGACAACCCGGAGGUGACGGUCAACCUGGAGCUCCAGGAGGCGCCGGAAUCCCAGGCAAGGACGCCGCUUACUGCCCAUGCCCACCACGUGCCACACAGACGGCUGCCUCCAACGCCGCUCCAGCUACCGACUACUCGGCUAGCCCAGUCAGCAACGCUCCACAAGCCCAAGGCUACCGUCGUCGUGCUGCUCGUCGUCAACGUGUUCGUCAAGCUUAA